AUGAGUAACUUUAACGUUCCAGACUUCCCGCCUCCUGCUUAUAAACCAUAUAAUCAAAAUUCAAAUAAUGAUGAUUUCAUACAAACAACUUCCGAAGAUUUUGAGUAUUCUGCAAGAAUCGAUAGCAAUCUUGACGACUUUACAUAUUCAGAAGAAAUUACUGUUCGUAGGUCUACGAAGAACUUUGAGCAAGUCGCGCGUGUAAAUUCUCAAAAGCAACUCGUAAGAGGUAAAAAACCCAGUACUGGUAAUGACGAUAUAUUAUCAUUAUAUUGUGAAGAAAUUGCUCUUCAUAAGGCUAUAGCUGCAAAGAAACAAGAAGAACUCACACGAAUAAAUUCUCAAAAAAAGCUCGCAAGAGGUGAUUCCGCUAGAAAAUUACGACAGCUUGAUAAACUAAGUUCCGAGAACGAUUAUGAUUCAAACAUAGUUGAGAGGCAGCAAAUUACAACCAAUUCCAAUAGAGUAUUAAGGUCUAAAGAAACUGAAGAAAUUACACUUCAUAGGAAUGCGUCUUUAAGGAAACUUGAGGCAGUCACACGUGUAAAUUCUCAAAGAAAACUCGAAAGAGGUUAUUCUAACAGAAAAUUGCAACAACUUGACAGCUUCGGUCCUGAAGAUGAUUAUGAUUCAAAUUUAAUUGAAGGACAACUAGUUACAACUAAUCCCCAAGACGCAUUUUAUUCUGAAGAAAUUGCACUUAACAAGAAUGCAUCUCUAAGGAAACUUGGGGCAGCCAAUUAUCAAAACAAACUUGCAAGUGAUUCUUUCAACGAAUUGCAACAGCCUAAUCGGGAUAGACCCACAAAUGGUCAUAAUUCAACAAAUCGAUCGGUCACAGCUUUCGAACAAUUCCAAUCGUGGUUGAUUAAUGAUGGUAAUUAA